AUGAGGAAUAUUGAAAUACUUGAAAAUAAUUGGAUUAGUUAUAGUACCGAUGGCUACGUUAAUUUUAAAAAUGAUUCUAUAUUGUUUAGAUGCAUAAAAAACGAAAUUGAAAGUAUUAUAAAUACGUUGAUACAUAAUAACCAUCAUUUUUCUCAGAUAAAAUACUCUAAAGAAAUAGUAUACUCAUUUGAACUCCCUAUAGUUUACCAGUUUCAAUUGUUAUUGGAAAAUAUUUUUAUUUCAAAAAAAUUUAUAAUUGAAGAAUGCAGUUUAGAACCAUUCUUUGAAGUUAUUCAAUCUCCAGAAUAUGGAGGGCAUGCAACCGCAUCAGUUCUAAAUGCUAUAAAUGUAUUUAUUUUAAAUGGUGCAAUUGUAAUCGAAGGCUCAAAAAAGCCUUUUGUUAUAAAUAAAGUAAUAGAAAAUAUUCUCAAUUGUAAAUUUGCUGCUUCACAUUUGGAGACGGACGAAAUUGCACUCCAAAAACUAUCUGAUCUGCUUGUAAAUCUAAUUGACUCACAUUUUGGUGAAUAUAUUUCAUCCGAGAAUUUGGUAAAAAGCCUUCUGAAGUGUUUUCAAAUUUCGAGGCAGCCAAGAUCGUCACUUUUACUUAGAUCAUUAGGUGAGCAAGCAAUAAGAAGAAUUGUUACUAUUGUAUUUUCGAGAUCAAAGGAACUUCAAAAAAGUGAAAAUUGCAAUUACGAUAUUUCUCUGAUUAGAAUAAUUCAUUUUUUGUCAACAUUGACUUUUUUUGGGCUUUCUAGUACAAAUAAGAAUGAUAUUAAGGUAUUGAAUUCGCCGAUUGAUGAAUUAGAUGAUUAUAUAUCAAAAAUGAUUAAGAAGACAAUUCAAAUGGGCGGAGUUGAUAGUUCUACAUAUCAAGAAGUCAGGAAAAUGGGGAUUGAAUUGUUGAAUGCCGCAAUUGAAAGUGGAGGAAGAUUAUUAAAUAGUUACCCUGAGCUAGUAAACAAAAUAAGUAAUCAUCUAUGUGUGGAGAUGUUGAUUAACACAAUAAAGGAGCCUUCUAUGCUUCGAAUUAUAUUGAAAUGCAUGCUGAGUAUAUUUACUAAUUUUAGAAACCAUGCAAAAACUCAAUUAGAAUUUUGUUUGACUGCAAUUCAAUUAAGAUUAGCUAAUAGUGGAGAAGACUGCAUGGAUCUCUUACCUAUAAAUAUCCCAGCAAUGCACAUUUCAUUAGAGCAAAGAGAAUCAGCUCUUAAUUCACUAACGGAAAUAUGUAAGGAUCCUCAGUUAGUAGUUGAAAUUUUUCAAAAUUAUGAUUGCAAUAUUUAUUGUGGAAAUGUCUUAAAAACAAUUAUUAAAACAUUUGUCAACCAGUUUAAAAUUGAAUGUAAGAAUUCUUCGAAAAAAAGUUUCAACUCAAAAACUUUUACAUUAUUUCAACGUCUUGGGUUGAAUGGAAUAUUAUGUAUUGUUGGUGGUAUUAUAAAAUCUACUCAAUUGCACGUUGAUAUUGAAAAAAACAAGGGUUCAAAUAAUGCCAUAAAAUUGGAAAUGGAUUUACUGAGACAAAAGAAACUUAAAAACGAAAUAUUUGAUUGCUCCGAAAAAUUUAACUCAAAUCCUUCAAGUUUUUUAGAUGUAUUAAAAAGUUCUUUUUUGUUUGACUCAAAUCCCAACCCAAAAAGUCUAGCAAAGUUUUUCAGAUAUUCUCAGAAAAUUGAUAUGGUUACUCUUGGAGAAUAUUUAUCGAAAAAUAAAGAAUGGAAUAACCAAGUCAGAAUUGCAUAUUUAUCUACGUUCAAAUUUAAUAAGAAAUCAAUUGUUUCGGCAUUACGUGAGGUGUUGGCAACAUUUAAAUUGCCGGGGGAAUCACAGCAAAUUGAAAGAAUAAUGGAAAGCUUUUCACAUGAGUACUUUAUACAGCAAGAUCUUUUUGAUGAAUUAAGUCAACAGGAAUCACUUGAAAUUAAUCAGGAUAACUUACCAAGAAUUAUCUACGACUUCGAACCUGAAACAAAUAAACAGAGAACAAUAUUACUUGACAGUAGUGAUACAAUAUUCAUUUUGAGCUAUUCCAUUAUUAUGCUAAAUACCGAUUUACAUAAUAGUCAAGUGAAAAACAAAAUGAGUAUAGAUGACUUCAUUAAAAAUAAUAAGGGAAUUAAUAAUGGUAAAGACUUACCUAAAGAAUUUUUAACUAAUAUUUUUGAAACGAUAAAAAAUAAUGAGAUUAAACUAUCUGGACUUUCUAAUAUUACUAAACACAAUAGAUUUCACAAUCAAAUUGAUUCAAGUGUAUGGACUAACUGGAUUUCAAAAUUCUUUAUAGAAAGGUACCCGAUUUGUUUGGAUUCAGUAUUAGAUCAAUUUGAACUUGCUGGUAGCAUUCAUGAGGAGUUGCUGGAAACCAUACUUGAAGCUGGGUCAAUUAAUUGCAUUUUUACUGCAUUUGAAAACUCGAAUGAUAUUCAAACUUUGUUCAGAUGUGUCUACGGGAUUUUACAGGUAGCAUACCUCUGCCAUUUUUUUUCAAAAAGAAGGUACAUUAAUGAAAUACUUAAACGCCUUUCGAAAUAUAUUAACCUUGAUUUAUCUGCUAAAUGCCAAUUGGUUCUGCCUGUAUUUAUUCAGAUUUCAGAAUUAACAUUGAAUACAUGGAAGAUAGAUUCGCCUUGGGAAACCAUCCUUGAAGUUUUAUUUUCAUUAAAUUCGAUAAAAAUUGUUCCACAUAAAUCAUUUGAGUGUGAAGAGUUAACUGAUAAUCAAGGAAGGCCAAUCUCAAAUUAUUCUAAUGUACAAUACCCUAAGCUCUGCUUUUUUCCCAGAGCUAAAACUUUCGGGAUUUCACAUGGUUUUGAACCUCUUUUCGAGAUAGUUAAUAAAAUUAAUGAUUCACCAGAAAAUUUAAAAGGAAUAGAGUUAAACUCAACAUUAAUUUUGGAUAAAAAUUUACAUAUAUUGCCACUAAAGCUUACAAAGCCCAAUUCAUCAAAUAAUAACCAUUGGUUAAGUGACAUUACAAAUAUUUUAUUUAGGUCGAUUGAAGAAGACGAUGAAGAAAGCUCAAAAUUUUCACAUGAACCACCAAAUAUUGUCGAUUCAAUUAUGCAAAUAAUAAUCGAAGAAGAUAUAAAGAACACGAAAGAAAAUUUGAAUACUCCAUCUGAAAUAAUUCUCUCUUGGGUUUUAAAUGGCUCUUCUCCUUAUCUAUCACUUUCAAUCUAUGCAAUUAUACAGAAUUUAUUUGACUGGGAAAGCUGCAUUUCAAAUUUUAAAAAUACGAUACAAAUAAACAACGGUUCAUCUUCCUUAAUUAAUUCCAAACUACCUACAGUAUCUGGAAAUUCAUGGGAAAUGAUUUUUCAUUUAAUUUCAGAUUUCUUAAAUUUAUGCGAUAUAUUAAUAGCAAAUUUAAAAAAUAUGAGUUACACAGACUUUUCUCCUUUAAUUAAUAUCUUAAAAUCUUGUGUGGAGAGUUUCCCUUUUUCAGAUAAACAAUGUUCUAUCAAUAUUGAAGUAACAAGUGAUUCAUCAAUUAAUAUUGAUUCACAAACCCAAUUCAAUGUGAGAAAUAAUAAAAUAACUGAAAAAGAAACAUAUUCUGAUUGGAGCCCCUUGAUUGUAGUUGAUAAAAACAAAAUUGUGAAUUUUAGAAGGAUAUCUGAUCCACUAUGUUCCAUAAGCAUACUUAUGUCUCUUUUAUCACAGCAAAUUAAUAAAAAAACAGAAAUUAAAAUAAUUUCAAAUUCAGAAAAAACAAUAGAUCAGUACAAUAAAGGAUCUUUAGUAGCACUUGAAGUAUUCAACUUUUUUUUGGAAAAUUUGAGGAGAUACUCUAUUUUUGGUUCUGCAAAUAGGGAAUUGAUAGACAAUAUGCAAGCUGACAGGAAAAAUAUCGAGACUUCAAAUUAUAAUCAUGAUACUCCGCGUUCUCUUUCGAGAUCAGAGUUUAUGUUUGCAGAAAGAAUAAUCACUAAUUCGCUUCUUAUAUUAGUUAAUUUCUGUGAAAGUAAGGAUUCUGAAUUGGUGGCGCAAAUCAUUCUAAUUCUUGAAGCUCUUCUCCAAUUGCAUCCGAUAAUUUUCAGCCUCCAUUCUGAAAGAAUAAUUGCAGUUUUUCAAAUAAUCAUGCGGCCAGAAAAAACAAAUGAAUCAGAAUCCAUCGAGCCCAAUUCACAAAAUUCCAGUUUAUCUUCAACUUUCCCCACAGAACGCUGUGUAUUGUUAAUGCUUGGAAUAUUGCAAAGAAUGGUUUAUAUACCUUCUGUUUCUGUUCUUGAGAACCGUUCAAAAAUUUCACCAGAAUUUUACCCAGGAAAACUUUCUGACCCUCAAAUACUAAUCUUGUCAUCUCUAGAAUGUCUAGGAAUGUGGCUAUAUAACCCAAAAUAUUCUUCAUUGUUAUAUAAUAAUACUUCACUAAUUAUUCAAACACUUGUUACAUUCGCAAUAUUUACUCCAACAUCUCUUAAUGGAAAUGUUAUUUUUACACCAAUAGAUUGUGAUGCAACCGCUGAAUAUAAUUAUGAUGCAAAUUUGCAGGCUAUAUCAUUGAUAUUCUCCUUAUAUUCUUUAUUUGCAAAUUUUGAAAGCAAGAUACUUAUUUCUCAAGUUGUACAUACUCUCUGUAUCGCAGCAUCUUUCGGCCCAAACAUUGUAAGAAAUCAUACAAUAAACCGUAUCCAACAAACAUUGGGCUCUCAACAUUUGUCUAGUUCCUGGUUUGUUAGUGACCCUUGGAUUUGGUUAGAUUUAAUUGAAAAAAGCUUCCUUCCAUUAAUUACAUUUGAUUUUGAAUUCCCUUAUUGCCUUGAAGCAAAACGAACAAACGACAAUACAUUAAUUCUUUUGGCUCAACAAUUUAAAAAUAAAACAGCUAAAUACGUUCUAGGGGAAGAUACUGUUUAUAAAAGACAGGUUCAAUCUAUAACAAUUGUAUCUAAGAUUAUUCUUGCUAGGAUUGAUCUAUUGUUGGUUCCAAUUUCCAUCCCGUGUGAUCAUCGAGCAGGUAAUAGAUUCAGUUCCUUUUGCGAUUGCGAAACCUCGGAAAAUAAAUUCUUACUAUUGAUUCCAGUACUCGUGAACUUGAUCAAUGUACUUGUUAAAAAUUCAGCAGGUUCAUCUUCCGUUUUUUUUUCAGAGACAAUUAAAAACUUCUUACUUGUGGUUCUAAGUACGCAUAUUAAUGCAACAUACGAUGAACUACUUUUGAACCCAAUUUUAUAUUAUAGAAAAAUAAAUGAAGAUGAAAUGGAGAGCAAGCUUUGCAAAAUACUUAAAGAGUCUUUGACAACCGAUAUCUCGGGAAUAAUAUCGAGCGUGAUUGAUAACUACAUAAAAAAACCUAUGCCUGAGGUUGCAUCUGAGCUGUAUUCCAUAUUGGAAUCGCUAAAAAGAAGCGAAAAUUAUACUAGCCAAACAAAAAAUCCUAUUGAAAAAUAA